GAAAGAUUGGUUGAGAGGCUUGCGAUUCUCGGUAGGAUACGGUACCCCAGGAUCUCUACUUUAUCCCAUCCGCGUUAAAUAAAGCCAAAGAAAGGCGACUUGUAUUCCAUUCACCAGAGAAAAAGAUCUGGUUUCAAAUUUGGUUCAUGGGCAAUUGCUGCGCAAGUAAUGCAAAGAUUUUUAGAUAUCCAGAAUCUGAGGGGUCUGCUGAUGAACAUAUAACUCCAGUUUCCACUCUAAGCCCCUCAGCAUAUGAAGUUGUGGAAUUUCAUCUCAAAGAUCUAAAGAUGGCCACAGAAAACUUCUCAGGAAAAUACUUAAUUGGAGAAGGUGGAUUUGGGCAUGUGUACAAGGGCAAGAUGGAUGGUGUCCCCGUUGCUAUCAAGAAACUGGACAUCACUCGCUGUCAAGGGCACAUGGAAUGGGAGGCUGAAAUAAAAACCUUGGCAAAGUUUCGCCAUCCUAACCUGGUGCAGCUCAAAGGGCAUUGCUCAAAAUUUGACCAGCGCCUCUUGGUCUAUGAGUACCUCCCAUUGGGUUCCCUUGAGCACCACCUUACUGCAGAACAAUGCCAUAAGCUGACAUGGGCAAGGAGAGUCAGCAUCCUCCGCGACCUAGCAAAAGGUCUUGCCUAUCUUCAUGACCAACAGCCACCAAUGAUACACCGAGAUAUCAAGCCUUCAAACAUCCUAAUCGAUGUGGACUACAGUGCAAAAAUAUGUGAUUUUGGCCUGGCAAGAGAUGGACCAAUAAUUGGAUCAUACGUUGAGACCAGAGUGAUGGGGACUCGUGCUUACGUCGACCCUGAGUACUAUGCUACAGGGAAAUUGAGGACAAGAACUGAUGUAUAUAGUUUUGGAAUGGUGAUACUGGAAGUUAUUACGGGUCAAAUAUCUGAGCCGUGUGACUCCACUAAUUCAGGGAGCAAACUGCUUGAGUGGGCAAGGACCUUGAAGCAAGAGCAGAGGAUGCUAGAGAUAAUGGACCCCAGGCUACAGGGAAGUUAUCAUAAGAGUGCAGCAUUGCUGCUUUGCCGUCUAGCUUUUGCAUGCACUGACAAUUGGGAACCACCAAUGAGGCCCAGAAUGCAACAGAUUGCCAAGACCCUUGAGAAUCUAGCUUCAAAUUGCAGUGGGCAAUGCAUCUCAUGGAUGUCUACAAGAUGUCCGCCAGGCAUCUAGUAAGGAGUAAAGGUUUCAAUAGAUGGAUGGAAGCCAAAACUUUUCUAUGUUCUCAAUUGGAAACAUUAGCCAUUUAUCAUUAUUUUGAUUUCUAGUAGCAAAUAACUAUAGUUUUCUUUCUUCUUGGUUGCACUAUGUUUUAGUUACUUUCUCCUUCACUUUGGUCCAAGGUAGUUGCUCUACUGGAAGAGGGAAGCUAUAAGUGUUUUCUCCCUUAUUUUCUGAAUAACUGUGAGUGUUUGGGAAGCCAAUGUGUCGAACAUUAGAUUUAUGUAGAGGAAGUUUCGAUGAAUAUUUUAAUGGAGUAAUUUUUUUUCUUUUUUUUCUAUUGUAAAU